UGGACGUGAGCCUGGUCACUUUAGUCGCGGAGGAAUGGCGGCGCCCGGGGGACAGGGCGAGGCCGGCAAUCUUUGCUGCCGGGGCUGCCGAGGGCGCAGUCGGGCCUCCCGCCCGGGCCCCGAGGACCCGCGGGUGCGGCCGCGUGGAGCGGGGGAAGCGUGAGUGACCCGGGCCUGUGUCAGUAUGGAGCAUUUUUAGAAAGAAGGGUCAGCAGCGGUUGGAGCUGAUGAAGCUGAAGAAGCCAGGUGUGCUGACAGGAUGCCGCCCCAGUUAGCACAGGGGUUCCUGAUUACAGAUGUUUGUACUUCAGUGGCUUUGUUGAUAAGAGUACUUCGCUUGGGGCAUCGAAGAAAUGUAUGCCGUUGUGUAGAAAUCCUGCAGGAGCUGGAUGAAUAUUACGAGAAGUUCAAGCGGGAGACGGACGGCGCCCAGAGGAGAAGGGUGCUGCCCUGCAUUCAGAGGGCGCUGAUUCGGAGCCAGGAGCUGGGCGACGAGAAGAUCCAGAUCGUGAGUCAGAUGGUGGAGCUGGUGGAGAACCGGGCCAGGCAGGUGGACAGUCACGUGGAACUCUUUGAGGCACAUCAAGAGGUCAGUGACACCACUGGCCACAGCAAAGCUGGCCAGGAUAAGUCAAAAACUGAGACAGUCGCGCAGGCAGAAAAGCCUAACAGCAAGCGGUCCCGGCGACAGCGCAACAACGAGAACCGGGAAAACGCAGCUAAUAAUCACGACCAUGAUGACAUCACCUCCGGAACGCCUAAGGAGAAGAAGGCGAAGGCCUCCAAGAAGAAGAAACGCUCCAAGGCCAAAGCCGAGAGGGAGGCAUCCCCUGCGGACCUUCCCAUUGACCCGAACGAGCCCACGUACUGUCUGUGCAAUCAGGUCUCCUAUGGAGAGAUGAUCGGCUGUGACAAUGACGAGUGCCCCAUCGAGUGGUUCCACUUCUCCUGCGUGGGGCUGAACCAUAAACCCAAGGGCAAGUGGUACUGCCCCAAAUGUCGAGGGGAGAACGAGAAGACCAUGGACAAGGCCCUGGAGAAGUCCAAAAAGGAGCGGGCCUACAACAGGUAGUGGCGGGCCUGGCUGGCCCGAGGCGAGCAGGACGAGCCGAGUAUUUAUUGCAUCGCCACCUGGACGGGCGCGGGGACUGCGCGUGUAGCCUUCUAAAGACUGUUGGAAGAGGAGCUCUUCCUCUCGUAGGGACGACCGGGGUUCUCUUUGCUUUUCCCUUGGUGCACAUGUGUAACGAGAGAGUGGUCUGUGGAUAAGCAUUUUAGAAACUGCAAAUAUAGGUUUGAAUUAAACACUCGAGUGGGUCUCCGGUUUCUGUUGUUGUUGGGAGUCGGGGGUGACUUGGAAGCAACCGAACACAUUAAAUGUGGAAAGAAGAAAUUUCA